AUUACAACCAUAUCUUCAUCUCUUUCGCUUUAUCGAAGGUAUCGAAUAGUAUUCAAAGACACAACAGCUAGUCUUUGCAUCUAUGGCAAGCAAACUGCUUCUCUGUUACGUUUUUCUUCUCUGCCUUGUAUCAUCAUCUGAUUUUUCUGGAAUAUCUAAACCAUCUUCGUCCAAGGUCUCGCUGGACCUGUACUACGAGUCACUCUGUCCGGACUGUACUUCCUUCAUAGUUAACCACCUCACAAAGCUCUUCGAAGACGAUCUCAUAUCAAUCGUCGAUCUCCAUCUGUCUCCUUGGGGCAACUCCAAGCUUCUCCCCGAUAAUGUCACCGUCGUUUGCCAGCACGGUGCGUUUGAAUGCUUCUUGGACACCGUGGAAGCUUGUGCGAUUGAUGUUUGGCCUGAACUGAGCGAUCACUUCCCUUUCAUCUACUGUGUUGAGAGUUUGGUGAUUGAAUACAAGUACUACACGUGGGAGACUUGUUAUGGGAAGCUCAAUCUGAACUCGAAACCUGUUGCUGAUUGCCUCAGCAGUGGACAUGGAAAAGAGCUUCAGUUGCAGUAUGCUGCUGAAACAAGUGCACUGGAGCCGCCUCAUAAAUACGUGCCUUGGGUAGUCGUGGAUGGUCAGCCACUUUAUGAGGAUUAUGAAAACUUUAUAAGCUAUAUCUGCAAGGCUUACAAAGGUGAUAAAGUGCCUGCCGCGUGUGCCAAAUAUUCUUCCUUUUCCGCAGUGUCAAAGUGAAUCGCUUCAUACGAUGAGUUUUAUUCUCUUUCUGUUGUGCUAUGUUGCAUGAUACCCUGAAAGGCUUAUAUAGUUCUGAAAUAUUAUGAUAUGUAUGUUUUAUUAUCAGAAUGUAAAACGUUUCGUUUGUGUGAGUGACCUCAAGUCUUGAGUUGAUAAAUGGAACAUUUCG